AUGGCAGAAGAGCAAGUCGGUCUAUGUCCCGAUGCAUCGAGCUCCUUCCAUCAGUAUGUCGCUUUGCUCACUUCGGAGUACGAGCAGAUCGUGCACGAGAAUGAAAUGCUGCGGCAUGGGCACGCUCUGCCGAUCCAGAAGGCUGCCUUCGAUCUCAAUGGCUCCAGGCGGCCUACGAAAUCCACGUCUUAUCCAUACAGCGCAGCUAGCCAGCAGACCAGCCAGGCGAGCCAGCCUGUUGCGGACAACUCCGACUCCGUCAGUUCCUUCAUGAACAUUUGCUGGAAGGUGGAUGCUGGCACCGUCCCCAGCACCCCGGUCACAACCAUCAUCAAGGCUCCAGAAGGAUAUGCCGGCUGCCAGACCCCGCAACCGACUGCCGCGGCUCGGCCACGAGAGGAUUGCAGCGGACUGCAGACUCCCUGCUCCAGCAGAUCACUGCCCAGCCGAGCCCACAGCGAGGCCAUGCAGCACCAGGUCUUCCGGAAUUCCUCUGACAUCAAGGCGAUGAUCUGUGAGCAGAUCCGACAAGACGAGUCGAAAAAGGAAGCAGCCGAGUACUACCACACGACCGGCUUCAUCCGGCAGAUUGCUAGGACAAUGCUCUUCGACCAGAUCACCAUGUGCAUGAUCGCACUUUAUGCCAUCUACCUGGCGAUUGACACCGACUACAACCCGGAUGAUGUCAAUACAGACCCCAGCUCAGUUUUCUUCUGGAUGGAUCAGUUCUUUUGCACAUUCUUCUUUGUCGAGCUGCUGCUCCGGUUUCUCUCGAUCAAAUCCAAAUUGAAAUGCUUCAAGGAUGUUUGGUUCGUCUUUGAUUUCUUCCUGGUGGCGACAAUGGUCCUACAGACGUGGCUGGUUCCCUUGAUCCAGCUCUUUGUUCAUCAGGUCUCUGCGAGCUUGGCUGCAGAUGCAAGCGUUUUGCGGAUCGCCCGGCUCCUGCGCCUCACCCGCCUGCUGCGCAUGGCCAGGUUGUUGCGCUACAUGCCGGAGCUUUUCAUUUUGGUGAAGGCCAUUGUGGCAGCAAUGCGCUCCGUGGUAUUUACGCUGGCUUUGCUCAUGCUGCUGCUUUAUGCCUUCUCCAUUGCCUACACCCAGUCGUUGAAGGGAACAGAGUGCGGCCGUAUCUAUUUCAACAACGUCCUCCUCUCGAUGCAAAGCUUCUUCAUCUUCGGUACCCUGUUGGACGAAGUAUGGGACCUCGUGUCAGCAAUGGUCACUGAAAAGUUAUGGCUUGCGCUGGCUGGCCUGUACUUCUUCAUCAUCUUCUCCUCGAUUACGAUCAUGAACAUGCUGAUUGGUGUCAUGUGCGAGGUAAUUACCGCAGUUGCUGCGGCGGAGAAGGAAUCGUUGCAGGUCAGCUGGGUGAAAGACACUCUCCGGCGAGUUGUGGGUGGAUCGGACGUUUUCGUCGACCAGGAGGAGUUUUACCAGAUCCUGCGGGACCAGGAAGUUGCGAUGGCGCUGAACGAAAUCGGGGUUGACAUAGUGAGCUUGAUUGACUUUGCAGACUUAAUCUUCGAAGAGCGAGGCGUUGCCAAGACCACCGAUACUGAGGGUCAGGCUCAUCAGAUCUCUUUCGCGGACUUUGUGGAACAGGUGUUGCAGCUCCAAAAGAGCAACACCGCUACGGUGAAGGACAUGGUCAACCUGCGCUGGUGGUUGUCGCAGUCUCUGGGCAGGAAGCUUGAGGCCACCGUCGACAAGGUCAUGGCACAUCACCUCGGGCACCCGAUGCGCAAAAUCGCAUCAAGCAGCGUUGCAUCCCGGCGGCAGGUCUCGAAGGCCUGA